AUGUUAUUUGUCGACCCACAAAUUGUCCCCUAUACUGUAUUGCCCCAACUCCUCCCACUACUCGAAAUAUUCCGGAUCACCCUCUACGCAGCCCUCCACGUAGCUAUGCUGGACAAUCGUAGACCUGGCUGUAAACGCCAACUUGGAGUAGCACAAGCUCUCUUCCCCUUUCGUUAA